GGCUGAGUGCGCCGGCAGUCCGCGCACUAACCGUACCAUGUGCAUAGACUUGCAAUUUAAAAAAAAAUAAAAAAAAAGUACGUUGACAGUUUCAUUCGCGCGGGAAAUUUGACGUGUAGUGUGCGUUCGAUUUUCAAAAAUUUGUACAGACUGUGUUUGUGUGACAUUUGUUUUUUUUAUUAUUAUUUUAUUUCGGUGUGUGUGACUUUUUGGCUGAAUUAAACAAUGGGCUCCCUGCCUCGGGUCUCGGUGGUGAACGGCGCCCGCACCCUGGUGCCAGCCGCCCCCCUGCCGCACCACCUCUCACACCUGGCCACCAGUGAAAACACUGCUUUGGUGUAUUCAGAUGAGACUUGCAGUGUACGAGUGAGUUACGCGGAGUUGGAGGCUCGCACUAACGCCCUCGCGAGGGCCAUAGCAUCACGCGCUGCACCUAAGGGGGCUAACAGAGAUGGAGACUACGUCAUCGCUGUUUGUAUGCAGCCUACACACAAUACCAUCACCACGUUGCUGGCGACUUGGAAGGCAGGAGCAGCGUACGUGCCGAUGGAGCCGAGCUUCCCCCAAGCCAGGAUCUCACACAUCUUGAAGGAUGCUGAACCAGCUCUCGUUAUUUAUGAUGAGACAGCUAACCCAGCCAUGUUCUCUGGAAGUGGUAUCCCAGCAGUGUCAUUCGAGGAGUUGUCACACGAAGCUAGUGGACUAUCAGCUGAUAAAGUCAAGGAUAUGGAGGCACUGUCUCCGGCGAGGAGUGAGAGCAUCGCCAUCUUUAUACUUCUAGUACUGAAUACCGGGUAUCCCAGAGGAGUCCGUCUCUCCUACUCAGCAGUUUGCAACCGCCUCUGGUGGCAGUUCCAAACCUUUCCAUACACUGACUCCGAGGUCCACUGCGUCUGGAAGACUGCUCUGACCUUCGUGGACUCUGUCUGUGAGAUCUGGGGACCUCUGCUGCACGGCAGGACCUUGGUCAUCCUGUCUCGAGAGACCACUAGGGAUCCUCAGAAACUGGUCAACGUUCUGGCUGAUAAUCAGAUCCAACGUCUAGUGCUAGUACCAACCCUACUGCGAUCUAUCCUCAUGUACCUUUCCUUGAAACCUUCGGAAAGACCUCUGAAGCACCUUAAACUCUGGGUAUGCUCUGGAGAGACACUGAGCAAGGACUUGGCUGCCCAGUUCUUCAAGAACUUCGGUGACCAUAAUGGGUAUAAACUGGCGAACUUCUACGGCAGUACUGAAGUGAUGGGAGAUGUCACUUACUAUGUGUUGGAGAAUGCUCGUCAGCUUGAUAUCCAUCCUACUAUUCCUAUUGGUACUCCACUGAACAAUUGUGCUGUCUACCUUCUGGAUGAGGAGAUGAACCCGGCUCAUGAGUCGGAGCCUGGCGAGGUGUGGGUGGCCGGACGCAACCUGGCUGAGGGCUACGUCGGAGGACAGGGAGCUGACAAGUUUAUUGAUAACCCUCAUGCUGUUCAUCCAGACUUUGGUCGUCUGUACCGCACUGGUGACUUCGGCGUGCUGCAGAAGGGAGUGAUCCUGUACGCUGGUCGCACUGACUCGCAGAUCAAGAUCAGAGGACAUAGGGUAGACUUGCAGGAGGUGGAUCGUGCUGUCGCUGGUGUUAACGGUGUUGAUAAAUGUGUAGUGUUAUGCUACGGUUUAGAGCGUGGUAACCCUGAGAUCCUGGCCUUCGUCACCAUCAAGCCUGAAGCCAGGAUUGCUGCUCAGCAUAUUGAGGCUGCCCUCAAGAACAGCCUCACGCAUUACAUGAUUCCUCAGGUGAUCGAAGUAGAGAGCAUACCGCUGCUGGUGAACGGCAAAGUAGACCGACAAGCGCUGCUCAAGAUGUACGAGAACACCAAUAAUAAUGACGAUUCAGAAAUACCCCUAGAGCUGGACUACUCUUCAGUGUCUCCAUCCGACAUGCAAGCUGCGAAGGUCCUCUUCGAGACAGUAGGAGAGGUGCUGGGCAGGGCUGCCCGCGGUGCCAUCAGCGUGAGGGCCGGCUUCUACGAACUGGGAGGAAACUCCCUCAACUCUAUUUAUACCAUCACCAGGUUGAGGGACAAGGGGUAUUAUAUUGAUAUCAGCGACUUCCUCGGCGCCUCCAACCUGGGCGAGGUACUCUCCCACAUGAGCACCAGCCCGCAGCAGGACGACGGUGAGAAGGAGCUGUUCUCCGCCGAACCACUGGCUGAUGAACAUAAACAGGAGGUUAUAGAAAUGAUAGUAUCAUCGUUCUACAACAAAGCGGAGUUGGAGCAGUUCUUGAAACAUGAGAUCGACACGAACGACUACGCCGUGCUGAUCAGCGACACCUGGCCAGCGCUCAUCAAGGCUCAACUCAGUGUUGUGCUGAAGAAUUCAUCAGGAGUCCCAAUAGCUGUGGCAUUAAACUUCGACGCUCGAGACGAACCUGACGUGGAGUCCGAUGAGACAGGUGGGCUGAUGAAGAUCAUGAUCUUCCUGGAGUUCGUCGAGAGUUCUGUCAGGGACGCUAUGCUACCGCCUGGGAAAGGCACUAUCCUGCACUCCUUCAUGAUGGCGACAGCUGAGAGCCUGACUCCGAGGGAGAACGUGGCCGCCAUCAGGGCGCUGGAGAACGCCACCAUGAACAUCGCCAAGGAGCGAGGAUUCCAUGGCGUGUUCACCACCAACACUAGCCCUUUGACACAGCAACUUGGUACAGAUGUACUAGGCUACCAGACUCUCCUGGACUAUCAGAUAAACCAGUACGUUGACCCCAACGGCGACAGGAUCUUCGGGAAAGCCCCCGACGACAUGAGAGCCAUCGUAUGUUGGAAGCCCCUGGAGUAACUGUGAUAUAUUUAUAAGUUAAAUUAAGCUUUAGCUGUUACACCUAAGGUACAUUUUAGAUUGUGUUGUUUUGUGAGUUAGAACGUUUUGUGUUUUGCUGUUAUAUGUAUAGGUUAGUUAAUUGUUUGUUGAAAUUAGAAGCUAAUGUUUAGGCUGUAAAGUGUAUUUUGCAUUGGCUAUUUGUAGAGUAAAGUUUACAUAUACCUAUUGCUCGAAUUUAUCUCUAGGGAAUAUUAUGAAAUAAUGUAGACUUUAUAGCCUUGCAAUAAGACAUGUUUUAGAUUAUACUGAUACUGAAGUUGAUGCUUGUUCAAUUGAGACUUUAAUGCUUUUACCUAAGGUCCUUUUUUCUUUGAAUGAAAAAGUACAGUGAUUUUUCUUGCCAGUUUAUAAACCUUCUGUAUUUCAUAAGUUUAAUGUAUUUUUAAAAUAAUUUAUAACUAACCAGUAUUUAGAAUAGUAUUGUUAUUAUUUAACCUCGCAAAAAGCUGUGUUUUAAAUUUUAAGUUUGGCCCUUAAUGCGUCGGCAUUUGUGUUGUAAAAGCAACUCUAAAAUUACCUAUGUAAGGUUGAAUAUCGCUUACAUGUUAUAGAGCUGUAAGGUCUAUAUUGGCGUACAAAAAUGUAAAAUAAUAGUUGAAAGAAUUAAACGAAUUUUCAUUCACAUGAA